UACGGGACACAGCUCUUAUCAGAACCGCAAUACGAUUCACUCGUUCCUCUAUUCCAUAAGGCAAGGAUCAGAGUUUCUUUUCCGAGAAGAUGGCACAAAUAGGUGUGAAAGUCGCGUUGAUGGUUGCAACGUGUAUUUGCUCGACUGUGUGCGACACACAGCCCCAACCUCACGCGUCGUGGGCGGCGGAGGAGAGUCCAGAGCUCCACGGCAAGGCUCCUAACGUCCACUGCUCCUGUAACUGCGCCCUGCCGACCCAAACCGACCGCCAGACAUGCGAGAGCGUCGCCAGCAUGAAGUCGGACCUGGACGCGCUCCUGACGUGGAAGGGUGUCGCUACGAACCACCUGCAUCAUCUCAAGAACUCCUUACAAAUGGUUCACAAACGUCUGGACAACUUCUCGGAGAAAGGGUGUUCUCAAGAAUCUGCUGAAUCGUCGCUCAUUGAAGACAUCGUGGCCAACAUCAGCCACAAGAUAGAAGAGGCGACGGAAAAUAUCAUCUUCAACGUUAAAGGUCCGCAUCCCCUGGGGGUCGAGUCAGGUGAGAUCCCGGACGCCCAGAUCUACGCGUCGUCAGAGUUCGAUGGCCAACACGGGGCGAGGAGGGCCCGACUGUUUACGGUGCCGGAUGAGGACGGCACUGGGGCGUGGUGCGCGAAAUACAACGACGCCGACCAGUGGCUCCAGGUUGACCUAGGAAAGCCUGCCGAGAUAUGGGGCGUGGUCACCCAGGGUCGCUUUGGUUCGGAACAGUGCGUGACAGCUUACAAACUCAACUAUAGCAUGAAUGGCCUCUUCUGGAGGCCCUACGAGGCCUCUGGUCGACAGAAGGUGUUCCAAGGUAAUGAAGACGCCAACACGCUGCAGCGCCACCUGUUUGCCAAUCCGGUUACUGCACGCUACGUCCGAUUCUUGAUCCAGGCGUGGAGAAACCACAUCUGUAUGAGGAUGGAAGUACUGGGCAGAUAUAAGUAAGCUAUUAUUGAAUAAUCGGGCAAUCAUAGCCUUCCUGACAGUGUUUAUUAUACUAUAUAACGCAUAUAAACAUUGUAGAAGUAUGCAUUUAGCUGGUUGCGGUUGGUAUAUAUAAUGUUACACUUUCAAAAACAUUAUACAGAGCAAAAGGCUUGUCUACAUUUACUAGCAUGUGUACAGUCAAAUAGUUAUGACGUUCAUAAAAGUACAUUGCGACAUUAUUAUCCAUUAUUUCUGAGCUUUCUUUACACUUUACACCAUUAAAAUACUUGAUCUCAUGUUCUUUCAAACAUGACUGUAGUUGCAUACACAACAGAAUUUGCUAACAAUGGCUAUGAAUUUUAACGAUGUACAAAUGUACAUCCAAAUACAUGAAUAAAGAUCAGCUAAGUGCACAUGGUAUAAUAGUACCUUA